AUGUCUGCGACCUGCCCCACCAUUGAGCUGCGCACGAUCGCGGGAGAUGUCAUAGCCCGCGCGGAGCUCGACCCAGAUGCCGUAGCCGUGGUUGCUUUGAAGAAGGCGCUAGCUGCAGGUCGAGACGAAGAUGACGAAAUGCUCCACAACUUCCUGUAUGACGGAGCACUGAUUUCGGAGAGUGUGCUGGUCAGGGAUCUCGGCUUUCCGACAACCGGCAUGGCCGAAAUCUGUGUGGUUGUUGACAGCCGCCCCUCUUUCCAGUGGAAACAUUGCACUCUUGGCCAGGGCACGAUCAGCGAAGACGGUGCAAUCUAUCACAGAGGCGGCACGGCCGGCGCCACGAACGGGGUUCGGGCAGGAGCUCCCCUGCCGCGCGGUGCCCGGUGUCAUCUCACCUUCAAGAGUGUGGGUUCGCACGCGUGCUUCGGCGUGGGCACCAAGAUGGUCCAACUUUCUGAAAACAAAUACUGCUUCCUCUACGGACAGGAUGAGGAAAGUUGGGCUGUAGCAUUCGGCUUUGACAAGCGGUUACAGGCCUAUCACGCGAAGCAGAAGUACGAGAUCCAGACACGGACAACAGGUCUCCCACUUGCUGCCCAUGAUGGAAGGGCUCAAAUUGCGAACGGCGGCCGCGACUGUCUCCUGGCAACGAGUAACUGA